AUGUCUCUUUUCGGGUCUAGCACUCCGCAGAAGCCGGCGUUCACGUUCCCGACGCCCGCCGCCCCCGCAACUUCCACCGGAGGACUCUUCGGAAGCACGUAAGUAUCGACUUUAUGCUGAAAAUGCCAAAAAACUGGUUUCAGAACGCCGGCAAAGCCGCUGUUCGGCUCCACAACGCAAGCCUCGUCCACUCCGUCGCUUUUUGGAACGACGACGACGUCGACGCCUUCUGGAGGCUUGUUUGGAAGUUAGUUCACUAAAAACUACAUAAUUCUUGUAGAAAAUCCACAUCAAUUGACGCUAAAUUGUAAAGAACCUGAUUUCCAGAAACAUCGACGACAACGACGACGUCUUCGGCCGGAACGCUCUUCGGAGCCGCCCCGACCGCUUCGACGGCCCAACCGAGCCUUUUCGGCUCUUCCACCACGUGUAAGUGCAUUAUUAUGCGAUCGGAAUGGAUUCUGAGUUGA